AUGGCGACGGUAGCAGGUGCAGUGCAAGUAUCGAGGUCAGACCUCAAUGGAUCACCACAAUCAUCUCGAGCAUCAUCCCCAGAUCUAGAUACACUGGAACGACUAGGCGCAAAUCUCCAAUUCGAAGUAGUCGACAAUACACCUCAGGCCGUACAGACGAUAGAGAAUCAAGAAGACGAAGACGAGGAACUCGAGUUCCAACUAUUUGCUCCCACAAGAUCUACAACCGAUGCCUCUACUCCUGCCCCAGUCGCUCAGAAGAUUCGUAUUCGCUCGCCAUCAGAGGAAGUCAGAGAACCAGGAAUCAUCGGUUACGGACGACCCUUGAGUUACUAUCAUACUGGAGAGCUUGAUCCCGUACGCGCUAAGGAAUAUAAGGUUGCUGCUGUGUCAGGUGCAGACGUACUGGCCAUGUCUAAGCUACAAUGUACUGGCUGCGUGUAUCCUUGGAAAGUCGUUACCAUCCCGUCUUCACAAGCCAAAGCAGCUCUCGCAGCUGCGGCAGCCCAGAACCCUGCAGCCGAAGUCUUUAUACCAGAUGUACCAAAGAAGCGUACCCGUCUGGGCAAGAAGGACAGAAUAAAGAAGAGACAGAAGCUGGCUGCUAUCAAGGCAAAGAAGGAGGAAGAGAGCAGGUCAAAAGAAGAAAAGGAAAGAGCUGAGCGUGAAAAGAAGGCCAGGAGAAACAGAGAGAAGAAAUUCAAGAAGAGAGCCAGAGACAAGGCCAAGAAGGCUGCUGGAAAAGAAGGAGACAAUGCAGACGGGAGCGAUGCUGAGUCUGAUGCCGAGAGCAAUCCAGAUGUCGAGAUGGCUUCAUGA